AUGGGUAACUUUAACCAUGGGGAAUCUCAUGAAGGUGGAAACAAGCAUUUCUUUAAGAAUGGGUUGUCAGGACCUUCUCCUUCUACGGUCAAUGCUUCAGUCCCAAGGUCUAAGUUUAAUCAGAACAAUUGGGAUUUCGAGGCAGUAGACUCACAGCCACAAGCCAAGUGGAAUCUUGAAAGAAGAUUAUCAACCAUCACAGUUGAUAAUUGUAGCACAAACAAUGCAAUGAUGAAGACUUUGUUAGAUGAGAAACUUUGUAAAAAGGAUUUAUUGUUGAUGGGUCGAUUGUUUCAUGUGCGUUGUGCCGCACACAUCUUGAAUUUGAUUGUGCAAGAAGGGCUAAAGGUGAUAGGAUAUAGUUUUAGUAAUGUGCGCAACAAUGUCUUAUACUGGAUAGGGUCAUCAAGUAGAAUUGAAAGGUUUGAAGAAGCUGCACGGUUGUUACAUAUUUCUUGUAACAAAAAGUUGGAGUCUGAUUGUCCAACUCGUUGGAACUCAACAUAUCUAAUGUUGAAAACGACCCUAGACUAUAAAGAUGUGUUUAUGAAGUUGAGUCUAACUGACACUAGUUAUCGUUGUUAUCCAACUGAAGGGCAUUGGAGUGCAGCAGAAGAAGUUUGUUGUAAGUUGAAGCUUUUUUAUCAUAUUACUAAACAAUUCUCAAGAAGUCAAUAUCCAACUUCAAGUCAAUACUUUUCAAAAGUUUGUGAAAUUAAGCUAGAAUUGGAAGUUUGGGUUAAAAGUUCUAAUCUUUUAAUUAGCUCUAUGGCAUCGGCAAUGUUAUUGAAAUAUAAGAAAUAUUGGGUUGAUGUGCAUAUUUUUAUGGGUGUGGUUGCUAUCUUUAAUCCGAGGUAUAAGAUGAAGUUGGUGGAGUUUUAUCUUCCACAUAUUUAUGGUGAAACAAUUGCUUUAGAUAAGAUUCAAGAAGUUCAAACCCACUGUUUCGAUCUCUUUCAAGAGUAUAAGAGUCGAGUACCUGCUACACAUGGAGCAUCUAGUUCUAAUGAAGUUGUUGGUUUUAUUGAGGUUGAUCGUCUGUCUAGCUUUGAUAGAUUUUUCGCUUCGAGUAGGGCUAAUGUGGACACAAGAUCGGAGCUAGAUUUGUAUUUAGAAGAAAGUUUGCUACCUCGAACUCCAUCGUUCGACAAUUUAAGUUGGUGGAAGACAAAUGGAUUAAAGUUUCCUGCUUUGCAGAAUAUGGCUCGUGACAUCUUAGUUAUUCUUGUAUCUACAGUUGCUUCAGAAUCGGCAUUUAGCACUAGUGGGAGGUUGAUUAGUCCGCAACGUAGUAGACUUCAUCCUACUACUUUGGAGGCUUUGAUGUGUGCUCGCACUUGGUUAUGGAAUGAAGUAAAUGGUUUGACAUCUACGGUCGACAAAGUUUCAUGUCCAACAUUACUUGACGAAGAGGAAGAGCUGGAUUCAAGUGGACUUACUGGGCUAUAG